ACAUAGCUAGUUCAUAUCCCGUGAGCCACUGGCGAGCGGGCUUGUCAAUAGUCUGCAAAGCCUUUAUCUUACCACGCUGCGGCUUCUGCGACUCGUUCUGUCCUCCUGCGCUGUCUUUUGACAAGUCUCACGACUUCACACAGCUCUCACCGUCUUGUGCAAAGGCCGUCCGGGCGCGGCAGAGCGGCACUCCGGCCUUCCCGCCAAAAAUGGAGCCUGGCGCUCAGUCCACGCCCGCGCUCUCCGCGCUGCCCUGCUGCACGUUGGCGGAGCUGCAGCCGUCACCUGUGCCCAGCCUGGAAGACUGGGUGGCUAGCGACGCGUGGCUGGAGCGCGCCGUUUACAAUGCGAAGCAGCAGGUUAGCAGCCUGUUUGCCUACUUCCGCCUCAACAAGCGCGAUGACCAGACGGUCAUGGUCAUGUCCAUCAAGGAUAAUUUCCUUGCGGCGGCGUUCCCACUCCCCCGGCGUCGCGACGUUGCGCGCAGCAGUCUGGCUGCGGCAGCGGCUGCGCCGUAUGAGGCGGGUGCUAGCGGCGGGGAGGACGGCGGCAGCGGCGGAGAGGACGGCGCAGGGGAGAGUGAGGCGAAAGUGCGCAACCGCAGCCUUUCGCUGCAGACUACCUACCUGUACUAUGGGGUGCUGUUGCACGCGCUGCGGAAGCUGUACCCCAUGACGCUGCCGCCCGGCGUCAACGCCUCAUCCCGCUUCGCCAAACCCACCGUGGCGGCUGGCGACGUGCCCAAGGUGUCUCACCUCCUCUCCAUCCCCGUCUUCCACACCUCGCUGCUCACAGUGGCCGCCAUGGUCACGCGCGCCAUCGCGGACCGGGACCCCACCUGCCUGGGCGCCACGCCGGACCUGUUCCUGCGCAUCCCGCAGGCCGCGGGCUUCGCCCCCAACAUGAUGGCGCUGUGGAACGCCGCCAGGUGGUACCAGGAGGCGUUCGUCAGCAUGCCGCUGUCGGCGGCGGGCGGUGGCGGCAGCGGCGCCGCGGGCGGCGAGGGCGGCAGCAGCCAGCAGGCGGGUGCAAGCGAGCCGGGCCAGGCCGCCGCCGCGGCCGGCUCGGCGGCUGAGGCGCAGCUGAUGCCGGCGCUGCCGGGGCGCUUUGUGUUGGGGCGCCUGAUGCGGGUGUGCGAGGAGCGCGGCGUGCUGGCGGAGGGCUCCACCGUGUACUGCAUUCUGACGGAGGGCGCUGCGGGCGGCUACACGGAGGGAGACAGCGCGCUGCUGCACGUCUUCCUGCAGUCGUACGCGCGCCGCGCCACGGCCACGGUGGAGCGCAUGGCGGCAGUGGCCCUGCAGCAGUUGGCAGCGGCGGCGCGCGCGGCGGGUGAGGAGCCGCACGCGCACCAUCACCUGCUGCCGGAGCUGGCGGCAGAGCUCAUGGACCAGGUGAUGUGCACGCGCCUGGAGCUGUGCUUUAACCAGCACGUGUCGGUUCUGGCAGCGUGCUGCCUGUACAGCGUGGGCAAGGCGCUCAAGCUGCGGCUGCCCUUCUCCGCCAUCACCCGCGCCUUCCUGACCUACCUGCCCGACCACCCUGCAGACCUGUUCGACCGGCAGGUGGAGCUGCAGCCAGCGGGAGUGAGCGCCGGCAGCGGUGGUGGCGGGGGCGCCGGAGGCGGCGCCGCAGCGCGCGCCCUGGCCGCGCGAGCGGCUGCAGCAGCGGCGUCGGUGGCUGGCGGUGGCAGCGCGGAGAGCGGCGGUGCGACGUUGGAGCGGCCGGCAGUGAUGGGUGACAUCCGGGCCUUCUACAACCAGAGCUUCCUGCCAGCCAUGGAGGGCACAGUGCGGUCGCUCGUGCGCACCCGCACAAUGGGCACCGCAAGCAUCGCCACCGCGGGCCCGAUCCCACCCAUGCCGGGCUACCCCGCCGCGCUCACCGCGCCUGCGGCCGCGGAGCCGCUGCCCGCAACCGCGACAGCGGAUACUGAAGCGCAGCGCGACACUAACGCGCCCCCCGCUGAUGCUCCCACUGUGGCAGCAGCAGCGCAGCCCGCCGCAGCAGCAGCGCAGACAGCAUCCGCACCGGCCGGCUUUGCAUUCCCGGCCCUGUCUGCAGGCGCCGACGGGGCCGGCGGCGAAGCCGUGGUGGUGGCGCAGGCGUGUGACGCGCCGGGCUUGCGCUCAGUGACGGAGGUGGCCCGUGCAGACGAGACCGCUGCUGCAGAAGAGGGCAACCCCGGUGGCAGCGCGCCGCUGGGCAAACAGCAGCAGUGCUCGGGGGCGCACAGCGUCGCUAGCCUCCGGGAGUGGGACCAGGGCCAGGCUGAGGCCGGCACACGCGACGGAGGCACUCAGGCCUUCGGCGCCACAAGCGCAGUCACCCGCGGAAAGGCCCCGCCACCGCGCACAACUCGGCGCACGACGGCCAUGGCGGCCGGUGCCCGCGCACGGCCUGGGCGCCCGGCUCUGUCAGUGCUGCCUGAUGAAGAGGAGGGCGAAACCGCUGGAGACGACGCCGCCGGAAAUGAGGAAGCGGAGGCGGCAAUCGGCGCGGACGAUGGCAACGCCAGCGCCGCGCACAACCAGCGGUACGGCCGCCCCCCUGGCGCCACCGGCGCCGCCAAGAAGGCGGGUGGCCCGGGCAUCCUGCGGCUGCUCCGCCCGCCGCCGGCAAACGUGGUGCCAACCGCUGACGUGGCCGCGGAUGGCGCGCGCAGCAAGAGCACAAAGCCAAAGGUGGGGCUUCGCACGGACGUGGGCGCCUCGGUCGAGGACGGCGGGGGGCAGGCUACUGUGCUGGUGAAGCUGCCGCCGCGGCCGCCGUGGCCUGCUGCGGCCUCGCCGCUUGGGUCUGCCAAGCCCACGGCCUUCAUCUCCGUGCACCCGCAGCCCCAGGACGCCAGCGGCCUCGGCGGCGCCGGCGUCGUGGUGGGGGACAAGGAGAACCUGCUGCGGGUGGUGGGCGCUGGAAAGAAGGCGGACGAGUAUGGGUUUGAGGAUGCGGAUGGCGCCGCCGCUGCGGCCGCCACGGCAGCAGGUGCCUUCACAGCUGGCUCGGUCGGUGGGGCGGGCGGCCGGCGCCGUGCCUCGUCUUACCGCUAGGAGGCCGUCAUCCGUCUGUACACGCGAUGAGUGGGAGCGCGAGCACGACGGGCGGCUGACGGCCAUUACGUUUAACGUUUCAUCAGGCCAUGUGUAGUUAUAGACUCGUAGAUUAGAUGGGUUGUAUGAGUGAACAGCGUGACCAAGUACAUUCAUCGCGUGUCGUCAUGCUGGCGUAUCGGCGUAUCGACGACGCGUACGAGGAGGGGGCGGUCAAAGUGUCAUCGGGUACGAACGUGCGCGCCUGCAGUCCGCUGCACAUGCCUGAAGAAUAAGCCUACUUGUG